AUGAGCCUCAUCCUUAUCGUUGCAGACAAAUUCGCAUCGCAGCAAAUGGACCAAAUGCCAGGGAACGCAAUUCCCUCCAAAUCCUUCACGAAUUUGCCUCCGGAAGUUCGGAACGCCAUUUACAGCCUCUGCACUCCCGUGACUGGCUACAUGCAAGACUUCAGAGGCCUCCUCCUGGUAUCCAAACAAGUCCGCGCAGAAUAUGAACACGAGGCUGUAAACACAAUGUCCAAGUUCCUCGAUCGCAUUGAGAAGGAAUGGCCCCAUGAAUUGGAGCUCCGCAUCCAACGUCCCACAGCCUUAUCGACACUGCAAUAUAUCAACGUCCGGCUCCCCGUCUCCAUCUACGACCCGUUCAAACCCGACAGCGCUGAGGAGGUCGACGAUGUCCCAUCUCUCAGCCGUCUCGAACCCUGCUUGAAACCACUAUUCUCCCUCUGCCUCUCCGAACUGUCACUUGGAUACUACUUCGACGACGGGUAUCGGAGCCCGUCGGUAAUGCUUACAUCCCGGCUCCUUCCAUACGGCCUCCUACUCGAUCUAACAAACAUCCUCACCCCUCCGAGCGAAUCUGACAACUUCCAUUGCCCGCUUCGGAAAUCGCGCCAGUUCAGACUCGAACGGCCCAUGCGCGUGAGAAGAUUGCGCUAUCACUGGGCCAUACCGGAUCAUUCUAGCAGCUCCUUUCGCACAUAUGUUGAGAAGGCUAACACGGGGUUUUUCUUGAGCGAGGUGAAGACGUGGCUGUGGCAGGAGGAGGAGGAUAAUGUGGUUAGGAACUGGGGGAGUAGUAGUAACGGUACUGUGUUUUUUGAUAUCAAUGUUUGAUUGGUGGAGUGUGCAUUCUUGGAGUUCUGAUUCUCGCUAUCGCCGGUUCCGUCGCGCACGCGUAUAUUCCCUUGGUCUUUCACAUCUCUAUGUACUUCCGAAUACUUCACAGCAAUGACUCGGAAUACCGCCUCUUCCAGAAUGCCAAUGGAUUCCCUUAGUAUCCAACA